GCAUUCACAUCGGUACCUAGUACCUGUUCAAGGAGUUUUAUAGAUGUUUCUUCAAAUAUCACUAAAUCUGAACCAACGUUUGCUGUCAAUAUCGUGUUUUUUAACAUUGGCCAGUAACACCCAUUCGUACUACGUUGAGCAGCUUCCGAGCCCCCUUUCCACGCUGGGAGAAGGUCCCGUCUGGGACAUCGACAGACAAUGUUUAUUCUACGUGGAUAUUUAUGAGGUGGCCAUCCUUCGUUAUGACUACGCUAAAAAUCAGACCUACCGAGCCACAAUAGAUGGCACCCCUACCAACUUUACGACCAUUUCGGUUAUCAUUCUUAUCCAGGAAAAUCCGGACCACUUCGUACUGGGAACGGACAACAAGCUGAGUCUGGUUCAGUGGGAUGGAUUUUCGAAAAAGGCCACCUUCGUAAAGUUCGUUGCCGAUUUGGGUCAGUCGGAAAGUAAUGUACGGUUCAACGAUGGGAAGGUGGACUCACACGGACGGCUGUAUAUUGGAACCAUGCUUCGCGAAUCACUGGGAUUGAACCUUUUCGGACCCAAAGAAGGCAAAUUCUACCGAUUUGAUGGACGGGUCGGCGGAGGUUUUUACGUUCAGCGAAAUCACGUCGGAAUCUCCAACGGGCUGACGUGGAAUGAGAAGCUGGGAAAGAUGUAUUUCAUAGAUUCCAUGGCGUGGAAUGUGAAACAGUAUGACAUCGCACCGAGCGGGGAUUUGUGCCAUGAACAGAUUUUGUUCAGUUUUCUAGUGAAUGGGAGAAUUCCUAGGUUCUUCCCCGACGGUAUGACAAGCGAUGAGGCGGGAAACUUGUUUGUAGCCACGUGGUACGGCUCUCGAGUGUUCAAGAUUAACGCGACCGAUAGAAGAAUUGAGCAGGAAAUAUGGAUUCCUGCCACACAGGUCACCUCGGUGGCAUUUGGAGGACCAAAGCUGGACGAGUUGUUUGUAACCACAUCGAGAUCGGAUUUUGUUGACAGUCAACUGCAACCAGGAACGGUUCCGAGCAGACCACCCGCCUCAGGAGUAUUGUUCAAGGUGAAAGGGUUGAAUGUGAGGGGUAGUCCGAUGCAUAAGAUGAUUCUAGAGGAUGAAGACAAUUUCUUAGAUGUUGUACAAUGUAAUUAG